AUGGAAAUGCAAGGAUAUAUGUUUGAUAUUUUUGAUUUUGUAAUUGCCAUUUCCAUUCUUUAUUUGUUUUAUCAUUUUGCCUCUUUGGCAAAAAAGGAAAUGAUGCUGAAAAGAGAAGGGCAUAUUAGCAAAGGUACUCUAUUUGAGGAGAGUUCAUCAGCAAUAGCUUAAACAGUCUCAAAUGCUUCUCAAAUUAUAGAACAAUCAUAAGUACAACAGAAGUAAUUUGAAAACACCUAUAAGAACUAUAGAUUAUCUAGUUCUUUUUCAAAAUCUCAACUUAAUCAUAAUUCUGAAAAUGCUACAGUCCUCCUUAAAAACUAGAACAGGUCAACUUUGAAUUUAGUGAAUUACUAAAAAAAUACAAGGAGAUAGAAUUCAAAUGAACAAGAGGAUUUGAAUUCACCAGAAGACUCUCUGUUUGACAAGGAUGGUAGUAAUGAGUCUCGGUCUCUCAAAUUUAGUAUCAUAAAUGCUGCAUCAUAAUUUCCUAGAUUUGGAAUGUAGAUAUAAAACAUAUCUCAUAGAAAUUAAGAUAAUCGAAUAUCAAUAAAUACAGAAGAUCUAAUGAGAGGUAAUUUUGGAAGUAAUAAAUCAGGAAACAAUUUGUAAAACGAUCUUUCAAAAUGA